AUGACAGCACAAGACAGCAGUAACAAUUCCUCCGAAGGUAGUUCUAGCAAGACGACAACUUCUGUAUACUCUCAGGGCGUUACUACGAAACUUGCCAGCAUGAACAUACAAGAAGCAACAAUGGACGAUAAGGUUGGGUUGUACUGGCCUCGCAUGAUUAUGAUCUUGCUGGGUCCUCCAGGAGCGGGCAAGGGAACGCAUGGUCCUCAAAUUCAGCAGUUCUUGGGCAUCCCACAACUUUCUACAGGCGACAUGCUGAGAGCUGCAGUGUCCGCCGGGACGGAAAUCGGCAAGAGAGCGGAAGAAAUUAUGAAAGUGGGUGGACUGGUCGGCGAUGACCUCGUGGUUGGCAUUAUUCGGGAUCGAAUCCGACACGACGACUGCAGAUCUGGGUUUCUACUCGAUGGAUUCCCUCGGACGUUGGCACAAGCCAAGGCCUUGGACGAAAUGUUGGCCGAGGAAGGUUCUUACGUGUCCAAGGUGAUCGAACUGAGAGUUCCAGACGAAGUCUUGGAAGGCCGGAUCAUGCAACGAUGGAUUCACAAAGAAUCAGGUCGGUCCUAUCACAUCAAGACAGCAGCUCCAAAGUCUAUGAAGUUAGAUGACAAUGGCAAGCCUAUUCCAGAAUCCAUGAAAGAUGACAUGACGGGAGACCAGCUAAUUCAACGGAAGGAUGAUAACGUCAAAGCGUUGGGGAAAAGAUUGCAAAGCUAUCAUGAAGAUACGGUUCCAAUUUUGGACCACUAUCAACCAAAGGGGGUCGUCCGUACUGUGAAUGCAAACCAGUCCAUUGACGGCGCAUGGGAAGAGAUUCAGAUCAAGCUGAGGAGGCGGUAG